UAAAAGAUCACUUAGCCUUUUACCUCGUUGCAACCGAGAAAGCAACAUGGGUCACCAGCAGCUCUACUGGAGCCAUCCGAGAAAAUUCGGCCAGGGUUCUCGCUCUUGCCGGGUCUGCUCAAACCGGCACGGUCUGAUCCGGAAAUACGGCCUCAAUAUGUGCCGCCAGUGUUUCCGCCAGUAUGCGAAGGACAUCGGCUUCAUUAAGUUGGACUAACUGAACUUCCUUAGAUGGCUCAUCCAGCACAUCACCCCUAAA